CUCCGAUCCUGUUUUGAUGGCCCGACUCGUCCAUCAAGUUGUGGCGCUUGAGAAGGUCAUGCUGAAGUUGAUACAGAGUUACACAAAGGCGCAAGAUCUUUUCGAGGUCUUAGCUAAGAACAAGCUCUCGAGUCAGAGCUUAGACAGGCUGAGGGCCGCAAGCAACCGGUCUCGUGUGUUACUCACCACCGCUCAUCGUUCCGUUAUGAGCGCUUGUUGCGUCAGGAAUUUCCACGGCUGGGCAUGGAAGCAUCUAGGAAAGCGCCCGUUGCUGCCUGUCACGGAUAGGACUUGUCAUGGUAGUCGGGUUACGAUCUAUCGCGCCGUGGUGGGAGGAUGGAUUGCACAGAAGUUCAAAUUGGGAUCCCAGACGAUUCGCAGAUGUUUGCAACGUGUGGCCUUUAGUACGACCGCCCGAGAGACCCGGCCAUUGCUAGAUGCCAAAUUGCCUCGAUACGCCGGUGCGGCCGUAUGAAAGUGGCUGAUGGUGCCUUCCCGGUCAAACCUAGGGUCGACUGAGUUUCCAUCAUGCAAUAAUACGAAAGAGUUAGCGUAUUUAGCCACCAGAGGCCUGAUCUCUGGGGAGGCAGGAGCGAGACUAGGCCAUACGAUCUUAGGGUCUUCCUUUCUCAGCCGAGACCUCGUACACAGAGGAGUGCACAUAAACGAC